CUGUGUACAACCCGGAAGGAACGGCGUUUCGAAAAUGGCGAUCCACGUAAACCGCGGCCAAAACAGAGGAAAGUAGAGCUGACUUUCGUCCCAGUCCCGACUGGACUGAGCUGUGAGACGGGCUCGGUGAUGCGUGUAUAACGGAGAUGUCAUCUGAUUUAAGGAUGAACGGCGUGAGGAUGGCACGAGAGGAGGGUGUGAUGGCAGACUCUUACACCGAAAACCUCAUUGGAACAUUGUUAGCUAUCUUUGGAAACCUGUUGGUCAGCAUCUCAGUCAGCAUUCAGAAACAAAGUCACGUGACAUUGGCGGGAAAUAAAGACCCAAGGCAAUACUACUACACUAAGACCUGGUGGUCUGGCCUAAUGCUGAUGGUUCUGGGGGAGGGCGCCCUGUUUGUGUCUUAUGCAUUUGCACCGCUCUCUCUCAUAGCGCCACUUAAUGCCGUGUCUGUCAUAUCAAGCUCCAUCUUGGGUUUCCUGUUUUUGCGGGAAAAGUGGAAGGCACAGGAAUUCUUGAAGCGCUACAUCUUGACUUUCCUGGGCUGUGCCUUGACGGCAGGCGGUACUUACCUCUUUGUGACGUUUGGACCGAACUCUCACGAGAAGCUGAAUGCGGAGAACAUUGUAAAACAUGUUAUCGGUUGGCCCUUCCUCUUAUACUUGCUUCUAGGGAUCAUCACAUUCUGUCUGGUGCUGUAUUUCUAUAAACAGCGGAAUGCCAACUACCUCGUCCUGAUUCUGCUGCUGGUGGCACUACUUGGUUCAGUGACUGUAAUCACAGUGAAGGCAGUUUCAGGGAUGAUUGUGCUUAGCAUCUUGGGUCCUUUACAGCUGUCCUAUCCCAUUUUCUAUGUCAUGUUCGUCUGCAUGGUGGCAACUAUCGUCUUUCAAGCAUCAUUUCUAGCACAGGCAUCUCACCUGUAUGAUUCCUCUCUCAUCGCCUGUGUGAAUUACAUUUUCUGCACAACAUUUGCAGUUGUGGCAGGGGCCAUAUUUUACCAGGAAUUUAACCACGAAGACGUUCUGCACAUAUGCAUGUUUCUUUUGGGAUGUGCUAUAUGCUUUUUUGGAGUGUUCCUGAUCACUAAAAGCAAGAGGAAGGUCAAAGCCUUUGAGCCAUAUGUCACCAUGGACAUGGCACAAGGCAUUCCAACCAUUCACAACAAGGGCUGGGCUGUGCAGCCCGAUUAUAAUGGCUCUUUUUCUUACGGAGCACUGGAGAACAACGAUAGUGUGGCUCCUGUGCCGCUUCCGAUGGACCAAGAGCUGUCCGUCUCUCCCAGCCCUGUUAGCCCAUACCAACCAUCAGAGCUGAAAAAAGACUGAGGGGAAAUGUCUGAAGUGCAAUUAAGACUGAUUUUACUUGAGAAAUGCUACUGUGUGUUUAAGCAUUACUGAUUUGCUUAUUGACAGCACUCACAAAGCACAGUUCCAGAAUAUUGGACCAUUCUAGAACUUUUGUAUUUAUCUCGUCUGGUCCUGAGCCAGGAAACCAAGCUAUAAGCCUUUCUCUAUGCUAAAAUGCAAAUAAGGACUUUCAUUGGUGGCGUUGAUUUUAACCUGAGAUACUGGUGUGUUAUCUUUGUGUGAUACUCAUAUCUGUAAUCAUGCCUUAAAUGUGCUGACUGACAUUUUGAUCACUCCCGGUCUCAUAUCAAAGUUAAAAAGCUAAUAUUACUAACUUGAGAAUCUAAAUAUACCUCAGAAGAUGUUUUGGGUUCUGCUACUGCUUUGUACCAGAGAUACUACAGCCAGUCCAGCUUUAUCAACCAAAGGCCAGUGACUAAUAUAGAUUGCACAAUUCUCAGCUAGUUAUAUACAAAUAUAUAUUUGGUACUGGCUCAAAUUACUGUAUUCUCAAGCUCAUGAACACUGUCCUCUCAUUUUCCAUUUUGAAGUCUUCAGGCCUGAAUGUCUGCUGUGCCUAUUAUUUAUUCCCUGUGCUUGUCUGAAGUGUACCAAAUAGGCUUUCUGUACAAAUCUGCAUGUUUGUUGGUAUUACAAAUCAGAACACUGCUGGUGGUUGAAAUGUACAUAUGCUUUCUGUACAACUUUAAGAAACACUGGCUGAUAUUUUAUCAUAAAUACCAUUGCUUUGACUAAUGUGGUAAAAUAUGUUGUUGUUUUGGUGUCUUUUAACACAAGUAAUCAUUUAUGCUGUUUUUUUUUUAUUAUACCAUUGACAGACACCAUUGUUGAAAGAUGAGGGGAAACUUGACUGUCUAAGCCACAUCACAACACUGAGUUAUGUUUAAGUGCAAUUACUACUGUGUUGAGAGUUAAUUUAAAGAAAUUUGAU